AUGCUAAGAAAAGGAGCAAAGAUAUCUGUUUUGAGAAGUUUUCGAGAAGUAGUCAAUGGAAAGCAAAGAUGUCAUAAGACGCUUUUAAACGAUCUUCUUUCAUAUCCCUUUUCUCUGCUUUUCAUAUAUAAUAGAUUUUUAAAGAAUGUACAGUAUUUUAAGGUAACGCAUAUCACCUUCAAUCAAUCCUCCAACGUGAUUGCUCAGUCAUCGGAGGAUAAAGAAGUAAAACUUUGGGAUCCCCGGAAUUUGGAGAUGGUGGCUCAGUUACCUCGAAAGAAUCAUAUUCAAAUGCACUGCGAAUUUAUCGACGACAAACUUCUCGCCUCAACCAGCAACGGAUUCAACGGUUACGGAUGCGAGAUAUCGGUGAGAAGAAAAUUGCAACUGUUAAGAGAACUUAAAGGCCAUGAAGGUUCUGUGCCCUGCAUCGCCAAUAUCACACAGCAAGUUACGUUAAAGAAGCUAAUGAUGAGCGUCUCAAUGGACAAAUCGAUACGGAUAUGGAACAUAGAAGAUGGAGGUAAAAGUGACUCACCUACAGUAUUCAUGCAGUGGGAAAAAAUUACGACAUCAGGAAAUUCAAGGCUACAUCACAAAAAAAAAACUUUAGAAUGGCAAAUAGAAUUGGUUGUAAACGAUGUAGAAAGAGUAUUUCAAUCCUCAAACAAUGACCGUCAGUAUUGCAUAUAUAUAGUUGUGCGAUGA